AUGCGAGCCGGAUUUUUAUGUACCACGAAUUCGCUGCAAACGAAGCUUGCAAGACGUAUGUCCCCUGCAGCAGCCGGCGAGUCCAAGCAUCUUGCGAGAAUGCAUCGAUGCCUCUGCCUUUUGGGACCACCUAGAGGGCAAUCCUUCACGGCAGGUGACGGCGGAGAUAUUGCUGCAGACACUCGAGUCUGUUGCAAAUCGGCUGGACAGACAGGCAAACAGCGGUCGCCCAGUGCAGGUUGGGAACACGCUGCCACUGCAGAAAGAGGAAGCUUCCAAAUGGCGAUCUCAGUGGGAGAAGCUGCANNGAGAAUGAACGAGCUGCUAAGGCACUACUUGACUAUCUGGAGCAAGCAGCUGACUGUGUGGCCUCGCAGGCUGAGGAUGUCCGAGCCUCGACCCCGAGCAGACGACGCAGGAGGAAGUCCGCGGCACCUGCUGCAGCUGCGGGAAGUUCGCAAGCGCAAGUGGAGAACCCCUUCCAACAGGGGGGGCAGGUCCACGUCCAGGUGGCGUACAAGUACAAGCUGGACAGCGUUCGUACAAGACGGUACGCUCAAGAGCCGUUCGCUGUUCAGAGGCUCAGCCAGUGUUUGCAGGCUGCAGCUCUGCGUCACACUCUGGACCUUGACAUACACAACUGCUGUUUCGUUCUGCAAGCACCUGCUGCAAAAGGUGUUCAACGGCGGGAGUAUUCCUCAGUCCCAUGCCAACAAUAAGUUCUUGCUGGACUUGCAAUCCGCGUCGAUCUUCUGCCGCUGGACAGCUGCGUCCGUUUUCCCGGAAGCCUUCACGCAGUUGGUGCAGUGCAAGGAUCGUCCGGAGGUGUCCAUCCUGACUUACUUCUGGAAUGUGGCCGAAGACGUGAUUCUCGAUGCGUGGCUGGAAAAGUUGGAGGAAUUGCAGUCAGAGCAUUUGUCACUACAUUUUGAUGGCAUUCGUGUGGACUCCAAGCUUGCGAGCCCUUGCCCGCAGGACAUCUGUGACAGCUGCAUGCGGCACAUCGAAACGAAGACGAAGUUCAAGGUGACCAUUCGCCCGAAAACCCAUGCGUGCUUUCUCACGAGCUUGAAAACCAGAGAUGAUAAGCAAGUCGCGGACUCCCCUGACGCUCUUCGGCUACCAGGCAAUUGCAUUGUGGUGGGACUACAUCACCUCGGCUUCAGCGCCCAGAUGACAGCAAUGCAAAGCAACAGGGAGAGCGAGCACGAAGACUUCUUUCGUCGACGCGGUCUCCGUUCUUAUCGGCAGGUCUCGGAAGCAUGUGAUAUCCCAAUGAAGCCUUGCCUGGAGGUUGGACAGCCUGAGCCUGGAGCAUGCUUCUUGUUACACUGCCUGCCGCGUGGACGGCCACACUGUGUUGCUGUGGAAGUGUUGUCCCAUGAACACGUGCGGAUCACGGACGACAGGUCAAGCUGGCGUUUAAAUGUUCCGGCCUUCAAAGAACUCCUGACUUCCGCAGUGGACUUCAAGUAUAUCGUUUCAGUCUACGUUAAAGGGUCUCCCGAAAGUGGCACAUCCGUCACACUGACCGACGAGGAACGCGCCGCUUUGCUAGAGCUUCAGGCUGGCGCCAACGAUGCAGAGUUCGUCGUGGAUGUAGAUGCAGGUCUUGCGUCAGCAGACUCUGAGUCGACCCAGUCGUCCAACAGCGAGGGAGAGGAGUGGGAGGAUGGCACGACGAAGGUGGGCGAUGACCUGCUCCGCUCACUGGAAGCCGAAGUGAAAGCCUUCAGCACGACAGCAGUCGAGAAGGACUCGUCUGGCAACAAUCGUUGCCCCUUCUGUCCCUUCCGUGCCUGGAGCGCAGCACUUCUGCGCCAGACUGUGGUACCAGCUCUGCCGCGGACGACGAACGACGUUGAUCGUUACAUCAGGCUGGUGCUUACAGGUGACGGGCCCUGCUACUGGAAUGCCCAGACGGUAGCCGCAGCACCUCUGAGACGUGUCCGCAAUGUCUACAUCGACAAAGACUUUGCUGAGCUCUUGCUGCGCCAGGCCCUGAUGAGCAAGGCCAAAUCAUACGCUACACACGCGGCUUUGGCUGCCAUGUUACCGGGGCAGACGUGCAGCCUGUUGCCGCGACACGCUAGGCACUGGUGGCCUCUGCUGGAAGACAUCUUUAUGUCGCCCAAGAUUACCCAAAUCGGGCAGGAUCUGACAGCAGAGCUCCUGGAUCACAAGGAGUUCGAAGUGCUGUCUAUUGAUGCGACCAUGCGGUGCUGCCUCUCGAUCCUAGGGCAGGCACGUCCCCGCGCCGCCAAGGUGGAGAGAGAUGCUGCUGUUUUCCGUGGAGACGACGCUUUGACCCGUGUGCUGACGGUGAGAGGGCGGAGCAGUGCAGUGCUGCUGAUGGAGGCCCUGAGCUCUGACGAUUCGGAAGCGUGUGUGAGGGCUCUCGCCGAUCACUUGCCGGCACGGGGACUGGCCCAGACUUCUUAUGUUCUGGUGGACAAUCCGUCGCAAAAGUACUGGAAGGAGCUACGCACCAUUUGCCCCAGCCUCCAGGUGUUGGCACUGGAUCCAGUUCACCUGGCUAUGACAUGUGAGUAUGCCUCCGCGCGCAAACGAACAGCAAGUUCGAGACAACUUCGGCUGAUCCUUCGCAAGCUCACAGCUCAUGAUGCAGAAGCUAUGGCGGGUCGCUGGGGGCCUGUGUACCACGGAGGGUCGCCUCCAGCCUUGAACUGGGAGGAGAAGCGGGCACGUCAGCAGCUGGAAGACAGGAGCAUGAGGCUCAGCGACGCGCAGAAGCUGCUGGCUGAUUUGAAUCCUCAGGUUCCGUUCUACUGUCGUCUUGACUGGAUCAAGGCGCUGGCUGCCUUGGCCACCGUGUACCGGCAGGAAACGGAGAGAGUG